GGAGGCGCCGAGUCCUUCAAGGGAACGCCCGACACUCGACUGACCUCUCUGACCCCAGAUGAAGGCUCACAGUCCAGCCUGCUCAAGAGCUUCGCCCGCUCAGCUGUAGCCACCACGUCGCCGGCGAGGCUCCCUGCCGGCAGCUUUCGCAAUGCGGUGUCGCACCUGGAUAAGGAUCCCUUCAUCAGCUCCAUCCAGGGCGUCGGCACGAGGCUGUCUCCCACGGCCUCGGCGUUCAGCCCUUUUGUCGGUAACACCUAUGUGCGCUUGCCCGCUGGAGACCUCUCCGCUGCCUUGAGUACCGAUAUGGGCUUGUCGAGGAUCCUCUUCAUAUCGUCGCCCGCUCAGGUUUCCGCACGGGAGGUGGAGGCUCUUUUGACGGAUCUGGGAAAGGAUGGCAGUCCUACUUAUGGCGUUAGAAGCCUCAAGACUCACAGCGCCGGUGUCUUUGUGUACUUCACAGACAUCAGAGACGCUUGUGCGGCACAGGCGAAGCUUCACCAAGCCGACAAAGACUGGAAGAUUGCCUUUGCCAACCCGACUCGCAUCCUCAGCGUCCAAACUAAUCUUGAUGCUGAUACAUCUCCUGUAGCUGGUCUUUCUCACACCGGCCAGAUCCAAAUCUUUGCCGCUGUCCCGCCAGGAGCUAUGGUCGACCCAGUUCAGACCAUGGGAGUGGCCCAUCGGUUUCUGCAGUCACACGGCCGCUUGUUUGCGUUUGUCCGGCUGUCCACCUUCCCCAAUGGCUCCUUCAGGGCCGUUGCAGAGUUUUGUGACACUACUGCUGCCUUUCCUGUCAUACAGGCUUGCAGCGGCGUCCAAAUCUUUGCAUCAGCAUACCACAUGGAAAGUCUCUCUGCCUCGGGACUCACCGAAGCCAUGGAGGGUAUGAGUGUCAACAAGCGAGCAGAUGAUGUCGACCAGCGCCUUGGCCCUGUGAGCCCCAACUCGUCCCAGGCUGGGCAGAGUGACCAGCACUACAAUGCACCGGUUGCCAUGUACCCGCUCAUGUUUCAGACGCCGUUCACUCCUGCCAUGCCCUACAUGCUGGAUUCCUUCCUUCCGGCGGCCCAGGCCGGCUCUAGCAGCCCACUGACAUCGUUCACUCCUCAGUACCCCAUCCGAUCUACGUAUCAUACCACCACGACUCAUCACAACCACGUUGACAUCAAUCGCAUCCGUGAUGGCAUCGACGUUCGCACUACGAUUAUGCUUCGAAACAUUCCCAACAAAGUUGACCAAGCCAUGCUCAAGAGAAUCGUUGACGAGUCCAGCUGGGGAAAGUAUGAUUUCAUGUACCUUCGCAUCGAUUUUGCCAACGACUGCAACGUUGGAUAUGCAUUCAUCAACUUUGUAGACUUUGUCAACGCUCGCGGAAACCAACGCUGGAACUGCUUCAAGAGCGACAAGGUGGCAGAGAUUUCGUAUGCCACCAUUCAGGGAAAAGACUGCCUAGUGCAGAAGUUUCGAAACAGCUCUGUGAUGCUGGAGGCACCUCAUUAUCGCCCCAAGCUGUAUUAUACCUCGAAUGGCCCAAUGCCAGAUCUUGCCGGACAAGAGGAGCCGUUUCCCGAGCCUGACAAUCAGUCAAAGAUGAAGCGGAGCUGUGAGAAUGCCGAGCAUGUCGGCCUAUUCACACCCAAUGCCGGACAGCACUUUCGCGACGAACAGCGACGCCGGCGAUCUCAAUACGACCGAGGCACUCGCCUUGCGGCCCUUGAGGAGUAUGACUAUGAGACCGCCAUA